AUGACGAGUUCUUCAAGAACCGGAUUGCUGGCCGACAGAACAAGCAGAUUUGCGAUGACUUCUUCCCGGACUGGGACGAGCAGCGGGCAAAGGCUUUUGCUGACAAGAAGGAGGCUAUGUUUCGAGAACGGGCUGCAGAGUUGUUGAAGCCCAUGACUGGUCUUGAUCGUGUGCGUGCGUGGUGUGACCGGAGCGGAAUCAAGAAGAUCGCAGUCACUAAUGCGCCUCGCGACAAUGCCGAAUUGAUCACCGACUGUAUCGGCUACCGGUCCUGGUUUCCGGAGCUGGUGAUUGGCGAUGAGUGCGAGCGUGGGAAGCCUGAUCCCUGUCCAUACCAGACAGCGAUGAAGCGCCUGGGUGUGCGACCUGAGUGCUGCAUAGCUUUCGAG